AAUGGUUUGAGACAAGAAAGUCGCAGUUUUGGGCUCGUCAACCCGCUUGGAGAUCUCGGUUGUAAUGACGCUGCGCAGCAGUUAAACAUCGAGAAAGCCAUCACACCAGCUGACUUGGGAGAUGGUGGACGGAAGUAUCUAUUUGAGGUGGAUCUCUCCACUGCUACGGACUUAAGUCCUUGUUCAAAUAAAACUCUCGAUGAGUCAGAAACUACGCCAAUUGAGAUGCUGCCUGUGGCACCCCUCCCUAGUCCUCCUAUCAUUACUUUUACCUCGUGUGAUGAAGAGGCAGAGCAAAAAAAGUAUUGUGAAUUUGGCAAAGUUCCCGCUGACUGGACGUCUUCCUGUCCUAGUUCUACUCUAGGCGUUUUCCAACUCGACAAUGGCGAAUACAUUCUCUCAAUGCUGAUUUAUAAGUAUGGCGAGGAUCAGCGUUUGUGGCGGCAGUGGCUCAAACGCGUCGAAAAGACAAUGUUGGGACUUGAGAAAUCAUGCAAAUGCAAGAUCACCUUAUACAAUAAGCCAUUCCGCUUUAGAGGUGUCAUGACACAUAUGAUACGCAUUCGAGGGCUGUCAAAAAGGAGUGUUAUUCGCUGCAAAAAUGCUCUUCCUUCGUACAUACAAGAUAGGCUUAUCACAGCGCAUGCUUACUACUGA